GUCUUGUUUAUCCUAAAUCCAUCCUAUAAUAAAACCUAAAACCCAAGAACAAGUGAAUUUGAGAAAAGAUGGCGGAGGAAUUGGCGCUGGAUUUGGAAGAGCUUAAGCAACUUCAAAGUAUCUCAAAGAGGCAACGUAUUUUAUCUCUUAUUACCUCUGAGAUUCGCAACCUGGAAAAGACUUUGAAAGAGAAUGAAAAUGGAGCUUCUCCUGCUGCUGCUGCUGUUCCGCAAAUUCCAACUCCCAUUGCAACCUCAGCUAAGGUUCCAGUUAACUCAGCUCUGAGUUAUAUUACACUCGCCUCGUUCAGCUGGGAUCAAGAUAAUGACAAAGUCAAGAUAUAUGUGUCUUUGGAAGGAGUCGAACAGGAGAAAAUCCUGGCAGAUUUCAAGCCGAUGUCAUUCAAUGCUAAAUUCCAUGACAUUCAAGGCAAAAACUAUAGAUGUGCUAUUCCAAAACUGAACAAGGAAAUCGAACCAGAGAAGUGCAAGGUGAUAGUUAAGCCUACAAGAGUCAUCAUCACGUUGUUCAAAGCUUCUAAAGGCUACUGGUCCGAUCUGCACCACAAGGAGGACAAGCUGAAGCCGAAUUUGGAUAAAGAGCGAGAUCCGAUGGCCGGAAUCAUGGACUUAAUGAAGAAUAUGUAUGAAGAAGGGGAUGAAGAAAUGAAAAGAACAAUUGCCAAAGCAUGGACUGAUGCAAGAUCUGGCAAAACAGCUGAUUCUUUGAAAGGUUAUCGUUGAAUGAACAAAAACAUAGAAUUUU